AUGUCGAUAGCGCCCAUCAUCACCUUCAAAGCAGGUCUCUGUGAUCUUGAUACCUCUGUUUCUCCGCCAAGAGUAAAACCUAAGCCCGCUCCUGGCUAUAUUUACCUCUAUUUAGAAGAUGACCUGGUACACUUUUGCUGGCGUCGACGAUCUGCGUCGCUCGAUGAACCAGAGCUAGAUUUGGUCAUGGUCCCAUCCGAUGGAACUUUCACCCCGUACAACCCCACCAGUGCACAAAACCCGUCUAACACCAACAGACCCACCAACGGAAGAGUAUAUGCACUGAAAUUCUCAUCCAGCUCGCAGAGACACCUUUUUUGGCUUCAAUCAGGUAGCCAACAUCCGAAUGGAAACCCAGCUUGGUUCAGCACAAGAGACCUAGAAGUUGGACGGAUCGUGAACGCUUUACUCCAAGGCGAGGACAUCGAUGUUGCCCAUGCCAUCUCCAACCCCCCUAUGGGCAGUCAUGAUGGCAACGGGGGUGAUGAUCCAUCCUCGGUUAUCCAAAACCUCCUCAGAUCUCUCCAACAAUCCGGAAAUCAACAUUCGGGGUCAGAAGCGGCCGACAACCUAUUCACAACACUUUCAGAUCUCCUCCAACCCUCAUCAACGCUUCCAUUCAUUGAAUCAGCGGACUCUGAAGCGGCCAACCAUCUCCUUAGCUUUCUUCCUACAUGUCUCCUCUUCCUUUCGCAAUCAAACAUCGAUGAAAUACCCAAUAACAUCGAGCCCGGCUCCGAAGCCGCGAAAUCUGCAAUGCAAACCUUGACUCUUGAACAAAAACGAGAUAUCCUUAGAAGGGUUUUACGUUCCCCGCAAUUCACGCAGAGCCUUGGUAGCCUCACUGUUGCCUUGCGCGAUGGUGGACUACCUAGCAUCAGCGAUGCGCUGAAAAUCCCAGUGGCAAACAACGGGUUUAUGCGCCAUGGUAACCUUGUUAUGCUACGGAGUAGAAUAUUUUUAGAACAGAUAUAA